AUGAUACUGCCGCCUCCGCCGCGAACAUGUCAAAGAGUCCUCCUCCUCGUGGCCGCGCUGGCUGCCGGCCUGUCCCAUCAAGCCGCAGCUGCCGCCGUGCUGCCUCGUGCCGCGGCCGAUCCCCCGCCGCCGCUCCGGUUCCGUGACAACGGCACCUUUCACCUGUCCGUCUUUUCAGAUCUUCACUUUGGCGAAGACCAAGCCGGCGACGGCCCCGCGCAGGACCGCAACUCGGUCCGGGUCCUGGGCGCCGUGCUCGACGCGGAACGCCCGGAUCUGGUCGUCCUCAACGGGGACCUCAUCAACGGCGACAGCACGUACCGCCACAACAGCACCCACUACGUCGACCAGGUCGUCGGCCCCAUCGUCGAGCGCCAGCUCACAUGGGCCUCGACGUACGGCAACCACGACCACCAGCCCAACAUCAACGGCGACGACAUCCUCAAGCGCGAGCGCAACUUCACCGGCUGCCGCACGCAAAAGAUGGUGCACGCCAACAGCUCGGGCACCACAAACUACUACCUCCCCGUGUACGCCGCGGACUGCAGCAACGGCAGCGGGGACGCGAGCGCGAGUGAGUGCGCGCCCGAGCUGCUGCUCUGGUUCUUCGACUCGCGCGGCGGCUUCUACUACCAGGGCGGGCCGCAGCCCAACUGGGUCGACGGCAGCGUCGUGUCGUGGUUCAACGCGACGCGCGCCAACAUCACGCGCGCGCACGGCGGGCGGGUGAUCCCCUCGCUCGCCUUCGUGCACAUCCCCAUCAACGCCACGGGCGCGCUGCAGUCCGAGGAGGGCGUCGACUCCAACUACCAGCCGGGCAUCAACGAGGAGGAGGUGGUGGAGCAGGGCGAGGGCUGGUGCGCCGACGGCCGCCAGGACGGGACGUGCACGUACGGCGGGCAGGACGUGCCGUUUAUGCGCGCCCUCGCCGCGACCGAGGGCCUCGUCGGGCUCUUCUACGGCCACGACCACGCCAACUCGUGGUGCUACAAGUGGGACGCGCUGCUACCCGGCAUGACGGUCAGGGGCAACGGCAUCAACCUGUGCUACGGCCAGCACUCUGGCUACGGCGGCUACGGGGAUUGGGCCCGCGGCGGGAGGCAGAUCCUCGUGUCGCUGGAUAAGCUCAGGGAGCUCUCGGUGGACACGCACAUCCGUCUGGAAACUGGGGAUGUGGUCGGCGCCGUGACGCUCAACUCCACCUUCAACAAGGACUCCUACCCUGCAAGUCCAGACAUCAAGACUUACAUGAGCGGCGCCUCUGGCGAAGGCUACCGAGUCUAUACCGAGUCCACAGCGUCACCGAGACACGGGACCCUGGACGGCCAGACGGUUGUCACCGCUGCCGUGUACGCAGGCGUUUCGCUCCUGGUCGGACGCUUGCUCCACGGGACGUUAUGA